CCACGGUGAGGUUCUGUGCCUGUCUGAUGUGACCGGCUAUGGUACAUGUUCAGCAGUGUUUGGUUUGUGAGCCCAAGUAUUACUCGUAUUGCAUAGCCAAAAAAACCUUAGAGGCCGGGUCCUGGAAAGAACAAUGCGAGCUUUACUGAGUGUGUUGGCAUGUUCCCUGACUGUCCUGGCUGUCCAUGGGCUCUACUCUACCAGUGAUGUGAUUGAGCUCAGUCCUUCAAACUUCAACAAGGAGGUUCUGCAGAGUGAUAAUCUGUGGCUGGUAGAGUUUUAUGCCCCCUGGUGUGGGCACUGCCAGAACUUGGCCCCAGAAUGGAAGAAAGCAGCUACAGCCUUGAAGGGUGUUGUUAAAGUGGGAGCUGUGGAUGCAGACCAGCACAAGUCACUGGGGGGACAGUAUGGAGUCCGUGGCUUUCCAACCAUCAAGGUGUUUGGAGCCAACAAACACAAGCCUGAGGAAUACCAAGGUGGACGCACCAGCCAGGCAAUUGUAGAUGGGGCUUUGAAUGCUUUGCGCUCUCUGGUCAAAGAAAGGCUGAGUGGAAAGACAGGAGGCUCUGACUACAACAGACAGAGUUCUGGAGGCAGCAGUGGGGGAAGUAAGAAAGAUGUGGUAGAGCUAACUGAUGAUAACUUUGACCGUCUGGUCUUGGACAGUGAUGAUAUUUGGAUGGUGGAAUUCUUUGCACCAUGGUGUGGCCAUUGCAAGAAUCUUGAGCCUGAAUGGGCAGCUGCUGCAUCCCAGGUCAAAGAGCAGACCAAUGGUAGAGUGAAGCUGGGGGCCGUUGACGCCACUGAGCAUCAGGUCCUGGCAAGCCGAUAUGGGAUCAGAGGAUUCCCCACCAUUAAGAUCUUCCGUAAAGGAGAGGAGCCAGAGGACUACCAGGGUGGACGCACCCGUUCUGACCUGGUUACCCGUGCCUUGGACCUGUACUCGGACAAUGCCCCUCCUCCUCAAAUGCUGGAGAUUCUGAAUGAGGACAUCUUAAAGAAGACUUGUGAUGACCAUCAGUUGUGUGUGAUUGCUGUGUUGCCUCAUAUUCUAGACACUGGUGCGGCUGGCAGGAAUGCCUAUCUAGAAACCAUGAUGCUUAUGGCUGAGAAGUACAAGAAGAAGAUGUGGGGUUGGUUAUGGACUGAAGCUGGAGCUCAGAUGGAACUGGAGGCAUCUCUGGGGAUUGGGGGUUUUGGCUACCCUGCCAUGGCAGCUAUUAAUGCUCGCAAGAUGAAGUUUGCUCUUCUAAAGGGCUCAUUCAGUGAGACAGGGAUUCACGAGUUUUUAAGGGAUCUCUCAGUUGGGCGUGGGUCAACUGCUACAGUAGGAGGUGGGGCUUUGCCGAAGAUCCAUACUGUUGAGCCAUGGGAUGGGAAAGAUGGAGUCCUUCCUGAGCUGGAUGACAUUGACCUGAGCGAUGUUGAACUGGAUGAUUUUGAGAAGGAUGAAUUAUGAGUUUUCUGGCUGGAGCACCUGGUGUAAUAUGGUAUAGUGUAGCCCACACAGAUCCUACCCAUGACCCUCCUCUCCUGUGGAUGAGGGGAAGACUGGGACAUUGUUACUGUACACCCUUGAAACAAAGACUUGUGUUGCUUUUAUCUUCUCUACAAUGGUUUGUAUGAGAUGAUUUGAGAUUUAAAAUCAUGGUUAAACUGGCGUUGUCUUAUAGGCAGUCUUUUUUAUUUGAAAGGCUGGCUGAGCUCUCACAAUAAGGAUAGUGAGAAGCAAUAAACGCCCCUUUUCUCUGUAUCCCCCCCCCCAAACACACACACACAAUACACUGCUGGAAAUUCAGAUACAUGUUUCUCAGUUCCAGUUAAAUGACACCCAGAAUAUUUUCCCCCAGCCCCAUGUCUUUUAGGAGCAUCCAUUCCUCACUGACUGAAACAGAAUAGACCAGAGGAGAUCUAUUAUAUGACAUAUGGGAUUUGCUUGUCUUUCUAAAGAGUUUGCCAAGGAGAGAAAGCUAUGUUACUGGAUAUUACCAUUUAAUGGUUUUGUCCUUAACUUUAAAACAUUUUCUUCCUUGUAUGAGGAUUUUCUCUUAAGAUGAAUUUUGCCCUGUUGAUUUCACCUCCCCUUUAAUGUGACUUUGUUUUUAAAACUUUUUCAGAAGGAAGUUAAUGAGUCAGUAUCCCAGCUUUACAAUGUGUUUGUGUUGGACAGAAAGUCAUGUGGGAACUGUGUAGAUUUUUCUUACACAACUUUGUUUUGACAUGGAUUUUGUUAUGAAAAUAAAAAAAACGCCAAUUAA